UACAUAUUCCUGGACUGAUUUAAAAGUUUCCUAACAUCAGCAAAAAACUAUGCUAAGAUGUUUGGACCAGAGAAUGGGCCUUUCAUUCAGAUAGGAUCAAACAAUACUGUGGUGGGCUUCAGACAUGAAGACCAGUGUCCAGUCCCCUCCUGGCUGCCGCUGCUGCUGUCGUCCCUAUGUGAAGGAUGUUUCACGGCACAGUGCUAGGACCAUUUGAACCGAGCCAGAGCCCUGACCGGAGAGCAGAGAUCCGCAGGCACAUUAAGAUGGUCAUGGAACAGCUGGAGGAAGUUCUUGCUGAGCUCAAGGACGUGGCAAAAGAGCUCCGGGAGGUUGUGGCACAAAUUGACAAGUUAACAUCAGAUAUCGACCUCGACUCAGACGAUGACCUGACACUAGUGUGUUGCAGCGAGGACCGUGGUGACCUCUUGCACAAUGAGACAUUAUCUGACAACCACUUACUACACAACCCUCUGCUAGACACGGUCCGCAACCCAAACACAGCCAAGAAACAAGAAUUGGAGCUCUACCGCAGGAGCUGUGGAGACUUGCCUGCCCUCAAUGGACCAUUAAAGGCCUCAAAAAGCCCUAAAGCCUCCUGGCUCUUUGGAUCUGGAGGACAGCUCCAUUACUAUGACAAGACGCUAUAUCACGCGUUGUGCUGUGACGAUGAUGAUUACGACGAAGAUAGAGGUGGUAUGAGAUCAUUAAGGCUGUCGUCCACCGAUUCUGUGUUUUCGUCUUCACCUCCGAGGUUUCUGACGCCCAGAUGUAAUCGUAAGACUUACUCCAGCCCGGACUCGAAGAAAAGAGCUCUCCGUAGCUGCAGUACGCAAACUGUUUCCGAUAAAAGCACACAAACUCACUUCCCAUACAUUCCAGCCAAGCAAAGAGCUUCAAGUGACUACAAGAACUGAAACUUUCUGCAAGCGCCCCUAAAUGAAACAUCUGUCAUUAAUUUU